GCCAAAAGAAUUGAUACAGAUGCGCUGAUACAGUUUAUAGCUCUUAUAAUUAUUAUUUAUUUAAAGACAAGCAGCGCAAUCGCGAAGAAGUAAACAACGCUCAAGCUAUUGCCUUCUAGCAACAUAAUUAGUAAAAGUUUUUUUUACAAAUAAUAAGAAAAUGGCAAGACGUGAUUAUGCACAAGACAAAGAGGCCAUCAAGGCUUUCCUCGGAGAAUUUUGCAAACAAGAUGACGACGGCAAGAAGCAUUUUGUAUAUGCCCAACAAUUGGUGAAAAUCGCGCACCGAGAACAAGUUCUUUUGACCGUCGAUCUAGAUCAUUUGGCGGAAUUUAAUGAGGGCUUAGCUGAUGCUGUUGUCGCAAAUAGCAGACGCUAUGCAUCCAUGUUUAGCGAUGUUAUUGCCGAAAUGUUGCCCAGUUACAAAGAAAGAGAAGUACACGCCAAAGAUGCUUUAGAUGUAUACAUUGAGCAUCGUUUACUAAUGGAGACGCGUGCUCGUAAUCCCAUGGAGCACCAUGAUCAGCGCAACCAAUUCCCCCCCGAGCUUAUGAAACGAUUUGAAGUGGGAUUUAAGCCCCAAUCUAAUGUUAAGGCGCAUUCUAUUCGUGAAAUUAAGGCAGAACAUAUCGGCAAAUUGGUAACAGUUCGCGGUAUUGUUACACGUUGCACUGAGGUGAAACCUAUGAUGGUUGUGGCCACUUAUACUUGCGAUCGUUGUGGUGCCGAGACCUAUCAGCCAGUUAAUUCGUUAUCAUUUACACCAAUAAGCGAAUGCCCUUCAGAUGACUGUAGAGUAAAUAAAGCCGGUGGCCGCCUCUAUCUGCAAACACGCGGCUCGAAGUUUGUGAAAUUUCAGGAGAUUAAAAUCCAGGAACAUAGCGAUCAAGUACCAGUAGGUCAUAUACCACGCACUAUGACGAUAAUGUGUCGCGGCGAGGUGACUCGCUUGGCACAACCAGGUGAUCAUGUCUUAAUAUCUGGCACUUUCCUUCCGCUGUUGCGAACUGGCUUCCAACAGAUGAUUCAGGGUCUUUUAUCGGACACUUUCUUGCAAGCCUAUCGUAUUAUUUGCAUCAACAAAAACGAUGAGAUAUCCGAUAAAGAUGCUGAGCUAACACCGGAGGAAUUGACGGAACUCGCUCAAGAUGAUUUCUACGAACGUUUGGCCACAAGUUUGGCACCAGAAAUAUAUGGCCAUUUGGAUGUGAAGAAAGCUUUGCUAUUGUUAUUGGUAGGUGGCGUAGACAAAAGGCCUGAUGGAAUGAAAAUCAGAGGUAACAUCAAUAUAUGCCUGAUGGGUGAUCCUGGUGUAGCCAAGUCUCAAUUGUUGGGCUACAUUAGUCGUCUGGCCAUACGUUCACAAUACACCACUGGUAGAGGUUCAUCGGGUGUUGGUUUAACUGCUGCUGUCAUGAAAGAUCCAUUGACGGGUGAAAUGACUUUAGAGGGAGGAGCUUUGGUUUUGGCCGAUCAAGGAGUGUGCUGCAUUGAUGAAUUCGAUAAAAUGGCAGAAGUAGAUCGAACUGCAAUUCAUGAAGUAAUGGAACAGCAAACCAUUUCCAUUGCCAAAGCUGGCAUCAUGACAACUCUAAACGCAAGAGUCUCAAUUUUAGCCGCAGCCAAUCCCGCAUUUGGUCGCUAUAAUCCUAGGCGCACAGUAGAACAGAAUAUCCAACUGCCAGCUGCUUUAUUGUCACGUUUUGAUUUACUGUGGCUUAUACAGGAUAAACCAGAUCGCGACAAUGAUUUACGUCUAGCCAAGCACAUUACUUACGUUCACAGUCAUUCAAAACAACCACCAACUCGAGUCAAGGCCUUAGACAUGAACUUGAUGCGCCGCUAUAUCAAUCUAUGCAAACGUAAGAAUCCAACAAUUCCAGAUGAGCUCACUGACUAUAUUGUGGGCGCAUACGUUGAACUUAGACGCGAAGCACGUACACAGAAAGAUAUGACAUUUACAUCGGCUCGUAACCUCUUGGGUAUUUUGCGUCUAUCAACUGCCUUGGCGCGCUUGCGAUUGUCCGAUAAAGUGGAAAAGGAUGAUGUAGCUGAAGCAUUGCGUCUUUUAGAAAUGUCCAAAGAUUCACUUAAUCAAAUCCAUGAACACCAAAAGGGACACAUUCCAAAUACAUCAGAUAAAAUUUUUGCUGUUGUUCGUGAAUUGGCUGGUAGCAAUAACACUGUCAAAAUUGCCGACGUUAUGGAUCGUUGCACGACAAAGGGAUUCAAACCCGACCAGGUUGACAAAUGUAUCGAAGAUUACGAGGAGCUCAACGUUUGGCAAGUCAAUAUGGCGCGUACAAAAAUUACUUUCAUGUAAAAUAUAAGUAUGUAUGUUUGUUGUAAUAAUGAGUGGUGUUUAUUCUCUAACUCCAUUGAUAUAUUUUACGUAAAGUUUAUCUAUUGUUUAAGCCAUUGUUUCUUCAUGAUACAUUAUUUGAUUUCACUGAAAGUUCGUAUAAACAUUUUUUUAAAUAAAAACA